AUGGACGCAUCAAAUACGACCACCAACGGCACUGGUUCAGGCGCCGCCGCAGUCACCAAUGGCCUCCUCGCCCACGAUGACGCCGUAGCGCCGGCCGCGGCCCCCCUCACCACCAUGAGCCCGUAUACCUUUCCCGUCGACAAGCUGCGCCGGCGCCUGACACGGCCCGGCAAGACGCCGCUCGUGCUCGUAGCGUGCGGCAGCUACUCGCCCAUCACCGUGCUGCACGUACAAAUGUUUCACAUGGCCGAGCGUCACGUCCAGUCGGCCCAGCAGCAGCAGCGUAGCAGCGCCUCCGAAUUUGAGGUAGUCGGCAGCUACCUCAGCCCCGUGAGCGACGCCUACAAGAAGCCCGCGCUGGCGCGCGCGCACCACCGACUAGCCAUGUGCCAACUCGCCGUCGCCAACACGGACAUCAUGGUCGACCCGUGGGAGGCGCUGCGCUGCGACGCCACGACCCUUGAGCCCGUAUACACCAGCACUGUCGACGUGCUGGACCACGUGGACCGCGAAAUCAACCACGGCGACGGCGGCAUCGAGACGUCGGACGGCCUCGGCAAAGUCAAGGCGCACAUUGCGCUGCUCAUGGGCGCCGACGUCGCCGCCACCAUGGGCGACACGAAGCAGUGGCCGACGGCCGACGUCGACGCCAUUCUCGGGCGCUACGGCGCGUUUGUGAUUGAGCGGCCGAUGCAGACGCAGACGGACAAGGCGCUCGCGUCGCUGCGCAGACACGAUGAUAAGAUUUGGGUCGUCGAGGCGUUUGAAAACGACGUCAGCUCGACAAAGAUUCGCGCGCAGCUCAAGAAUGGCGAGCGCGUACUUGAUCUCGCGCAGCCCGUUUACGAAUACAUCAAGACGAAUGAUCUUUAUCACGAGGAUACUGGUCACGCCAAGACGAAUGGAGCGCAAUGA